UCACUUUAAAGUCUUUCUGACACCUAUUCAUCUUCGGAAAUACGGCACUAAAAUAGCACAAAAAGAACACUUAAUGACUGCACUGUUUAAACCGGAAAUGCAGUGUCCAUGCUGGUAAAUGCCAUAUGAAAGUGUUUUCCACCAGCGGUUAUGCUGCGUCAUGGGGCGGUGUAUCUCCUGACCAAAGCGCUUUAGUUUUAAACGUGAAUGAACCGGGCUCUUUCACAAGGAACUGAGUUCUGCUCCUAUCAGAGAAUAAAAUGGCACAAGCGAAUAUUUCUGUUGCUCACGAUCAGUUCAGCUGUCCAAUCUGUCUGGAUCUACUCAAGGAUCCUGUAGCUCUCUUCUGUGGACACAGUUUCUGUAUGGUCUGCAUUAAUGGCUGCUGGGAUCAGGAGGAUCAGCAGGGAGUCUAUAGCUGUCCUCAGUGUAGACAAACCUUCACUCCAAGACCUGCUGUGAGUAAAAACACCAUGCUGGCUGAAGUAGUGGAGACGCUGAAGAAGACAGGACUCCAGGCUACACGUCCUGCUCAGUCUACAGCUGGACCUGAAGAUGUGGAGUGUGAUUUUUGCAUUGAGAAUAAAUCCAAAGCCAUCAAGUCCUGCCUGGUGUGUCUGGCCUCUUUCUGUGAAACUCAUCUCCAGCCUCACUAUAAAUCUCCUGCCUUUAAGAAGCACAAGCUGGUGGAAGCCUCCAGACGACUCCAGGAGCAGAUCUGCUCUCAGCAUGACAAACUGCUGGAGGUUUACUGUCGCACUGACCAGCAGUGUAUCUGCAUGUUGUGUACCAUGGAUGAGCAUAAAGGACAUGAUACAGUAUCAGCUGCAGCAGGAAGAGCUGAGGAACAGAAACAGUUGUUAGAGGUGCAGGGAACAUUCCAGCAGAAAAUCCAGGAGAGAGAGCAGGAACUUCAGGAGCUAACAAAGGCUGUGGAGUCUCACAAGAACUCUGCUCAAACAGCAGUUCAGGAAACUGAGAGGAUCUUUUCUGAUCUGAUCGAAUCUAUUAGGAAGAGAUGCCCUGAGGUGAUACAGCUGAUCAGAGCUCAGGAGAAAGCUGCAGUGAGUCGAGCUGAAGAAAUCAUGAAAAACCUGGAGCAGGAGAUUGCAGAGCUGAAGAGGAAAGAUGUUAAGUUGAAGGAGCUUUCGCAUGCAGAAGAUCCCAUCCAUUUCCUCCAGUGUUUUCAGCAUCUCGUGGCCCCUCCUGUAUCUUCAGGUCUACCAACAAUCACCGUCAGUUCUUCAUUCUCUUUUGAAGAGGUAGUAAAUUCUGUGAUUCAGUUGCAAGAGAAGCUGGAAGCAUGCUCUAAAGAGCAGCUUGAGAAGAUAUCAAGUGAAGUGAAGGAAAUCCUGAUCUUGUCACCCCAAAGCAGAGAGGAAUUUCUACAAUAUUACUGUCAACUCACACUGGAUCCCAACACAGCAAAUAAACGCAUCCAACUGUCUGAUUCGAACAGAAAGGCGACUGACAGAGAUGUCCCGUCACAAAGUUUUUGGGAUUGUGAUGAUUAUAAUUAUGGUUAUGCUCAAAGGAGUUAUGAACAUCCAGAGAGCUUUAACUGUAACUCCCAGGUGUUGUGUAGUGAGAGUGUGUCUGGACGCUGUUACUGGGAGGUGGAGUGGAGCGGGGAUAAAGGGGUUAAUAUAGCAGUGUCAUAUAAAAACAUCAGCAGGAAGGGAGGCGGUAAUGAAUGUCGGUUUGGACGUAACAAAAACUCCUGGAGUUUGCUGUGCCAAUCAUGUAAAUGCUCAUUCUUACACAACAGCCAAGAAACUAAUAUCCCCAUAAACUCCACCACCUCUAGAAUAGGAGUUCAUGUGGAUCACAAGGCAGGAACUUUGUCUUUCUACAGCGUCUCUGACACGAUGAAGCUCCUCCACAGAGUUCACACUACAUUCACUCAGCCUCUUUACCCUGGAUUCGGGCUAAAUAACUAUUCAACAGUAAAACUGUGCCACCGAAAAUAGAUGAUUCUGGAUUAGUUUAACACUAUGAUUCACAUAACAAUAAUCAACCAUAUUACCUUUAAAAAUGGUUUUCUUCAUUUUGUCUUUGCCUUGCUUGAUAUAAAUAUCAGGAAGUAAUGCUGCCAGGCAGGAUGCUGUCUAAUGCCGAGUUCACACUGCAUUUUUAGUCACCGACUAGUUUUGCAAAAUCAAGGCAAAGCAGAGCGUGUGCACGCAAGUGACAAUCUCGCAGUGUGAAUGACCAAAAACUCGAUCUGACCAAGUCGCCGAUCCUGCAGUUUAAAAGGAGCUCUGACUGAAAAAUACCUCGGCGAUGACCUACAGCCAAUGAGAGAGUGAGAUACAGUGCAGUGGUCAGUUCGGGGAGGAGUUAUAGACCACGAUAUCAGCAAGCAUGGCUUCAGUUGUAGCACAAUAUUAUAGUUUAAUAGAGUUUAUAGGUUUUUAUCAGAAAAAUAUGACUUAAAUAUAGUUAUAUCAGAAAUAAGCUUUACAAUAGCAUCAAACAGAAAUAAAUUAGAAAUAUUUGCUUUACCAGCCACAUCAGCAGCAGCACACUGCAAAAUUAUUAAUUUGUUCAAUUAUAUGGAAAGCACAAUCCUUGUUUCCCGCACAGAACAUUUGGCUGACAAACUUUUUGCAUGGUACCAUUUCCAGUCUCGUGCGAGAACUCUGACAUCACAUGUGAUCUUGCGUUAUUUCCUUGUCACUUCUCGUGUAUGUUUGGUUUGGAAGGCAGUUUGCGGACCAGACAGAGUUGUCGGCGAUUCUUCCUAUUGUGUGCAUAUGCAAUGUGAAAGCUCCUGUCGCUGAUCCAUCAUGCAGUGUGAACACAGCAGCAACUGAAUGCUACCCCAGAUAGUCGAGUAGUGUAUAAACAACAGCGACUUUGAAAAUCAUACAGUGUGAACUCGGCAUAAGAUGAACUGGUAAAAAGUUUUCUCAGCAUACAGAGAUAGUAGAGGUGUUGUUAUGCCUUCUUCACUAGCGUCUCAGUAUCAUGUGGCCACCUCAAAUCCUCAGAGUGUUCAGGAACACCCUUCAAAUGGUUUCCACUUCCUCCUGGUAGAUCCAUUUAAUAUUACUGGUGAUCAGUUUUAGCAUACUGGUGUUGUUAGCAGUAGGGCAGUGGUAGAUCACUGGUUAAGCUGUUGGUCUACUGAUUGCAAGGUUUUGAUUUGAAUCCCAGUGCUGCCACUUCACAAACCCACAACUGCUCAGCUGUAUAAAAAAUCUGAUAACUGGAACUUGCUCUGUAACAUGUCAGUUGUUUGUAGUCAUUCCCAAUUGUGCAUGUUUGAGCAACAUGGAUGUGAAAUACAACUGUUGUACAUUAAGGCCCUGUCCACAUGAACGCGGGUAUUUUUAAAACCGCAGCUUUUUUUAUGCAGUUUGACCGUUCGUCCACACACAAACACAACAUCAGGUCACUGAAACCAAACAUUUUUGAAAACUCCUGCCAGGGUGAAGUUUUUCAAAAAACUCUGGUUUCAGUGUUAUCGUGUAGACCGCGAAACUGGAGAUUUUUGGCUUGUGACGUCGGCAUCUCAGCCUGAUUUAUCAUAUGUACAUAUAAUUAACGCUGACAUAGUGAAUGCUGCUACACAGCUACAGUCAUCAGGAAGUAAAUCAAGAAGGUUCCCAGCCCAAAGCAGCACCACAGCUUGUACAUUAUCACACAACUGAGCGCUAAUAAUAAUAUAAUAAUAAUAAUAUUUCUGAGCUAAUAAAUACUGACAUCUGUGUAAUCCAUGUCUGUGUAUCCAUGCUUUAUUGCUAACGCUGUUUAAACUUCAUUAUCUACAAUUUUUAAAAUGAUUGUCAAUGUUAUUUUCUAUUUUUAUUGUUAUACUUUUAACUCUUUUGCUAUAAUUAUCACCAUACAUGUUUUGAUAAAUGCAAAGCAAGCAUUUUUUUAGUUUGAUUUAAUAUUAUUCUCCAAUAUAUCCUGCAGGGUUUCAGUGUGACUAGCUGUGAGUUCUGAUUUUGCAGAAACACCUUUUUGGAGGUGUUCGAAACAUUUAAUGGAGAAAUUGGGCUGCUAUAUUUCCACCAUUUAGCUCCCUGUCAUGUUGAAAUCUAAUGAGAAACACCAAGCUGUUCUGUAUUGUUCUGUUUGUUUUGCUUUUUUAUCUGUAUUUUUUGAUCUUCUACAGGCUACAACUGCUCAUUGUGUUUAAUAUCAGGUCUGGUAAACUAAUAUAACUCAAGAUCCACGAAAUGCCAGUAUUGCAUGUUGUUGUAUAAUGCAUUGGCAUCUUAUUUGUUGCUGAAAUGUACUUUACUAUAACCAAUAAACUUUGCUAGCAUUGCAGAAUUGAUGCCUUCGCCCUGACUCCACUGUUAUUUAACAUAAUCCUCCAGUCUAGGGGAAGGUAACGAGGAAAGGGAAAAAAAAGUGCAAAAAUGAAAUAGUACCAGUGAACCAAGAGCUUCAGAUCUUCAGGUAAAAAAGAUUUAACCCAAAAAGCAAGCAUCAAAAAGGGCUUCAGGGCAGGACCAGGCCAAAAACAAUGAACAAAGUGUCAUAUAUCAUAUCUCAUAUAAUAUCAUAUAUAACUUCAUAAAUAAAUCCUACUCUAAUACAAAUAUCACAUACAAAUACUCAUAUACAGUCAUCCCUAACAUGAAUUAUUAAAGAAAAUAAUAAAAGAAAUUAUACUUGUGGAUGUCACAAUUACGACUAAUUUGACACCCCUAAGUUCUGUCACAUUAUUAGAUGUAAGAUUUUUCUUGUUACAUUAGGAUUUUUUUGCCAACUUCUGCUGAAGUGCACUUGAAAUAAUCACUACAGAAUAUAUUUGCUUUUUAAAUGUUUCAAUUCUAUAAAAUAAAAAUAAAUCAUUGAGACCUUUUGUCCCUCCCAAUAUUACGCAGAAAUAUACAAGUCAUACUCUAAUCAGGCCUGGAGGCCAAAGCUGGAUAGUAAGGGUGAGGUUUAAUUAAUUGUUUUAUUUUUUAUUUUUUUAAUGUAACUAGUGUAACUAGUGUUUAGUGUUACUGAACACUAUGUAUUACAUUCAGUAACGCCUGGUGCUAAAACAUUUUGGGGGUGGGGGGCAAACAAACUUAAAAUCAAUCUGUUAGUAAUGCAGGACAAGUUGUUAAGGCUGUGGGUUGUUGAUUGGAGGAUCAGGGUUCAAGCCCCGGUACCACCAAGCUCCACCGAUGGGCAAUUGAUUAAGGCCCUUAACCCUCUCUGCUCCAGGGGUGCUG